AUGGCCAUGCCCUCUACAACGCAAGACAAUUCAAGCCCUUCCGCCUCUUCCAUCUUCCUUCCACUAGGCCGGAGAGCACGGCGAGACUCCAAGUCUUCUCUGGCUCAUGAACUGGAUCAAGAUGCUCUCAAUGAAGCUCUAAAUAGCAUCCAUAACGCGGCAUCGCAAUCGAACAAUUUGACCGUCUUCAACGAAUAUACCGAUCCUCCAACGGCCGGGUCGAACGCGGAGAAUAAUAAGUCGUUGGCGGGAGAGAUCCAAGGGGGCAUAUCUGGGCUUUACAAUACAUUGAAGGCGAGUGUGGUACCCACCAAGGACGUCGAAGAUCCUCAAGAGACGACAUUCGACAAUCCCCCCAAUUCCAAAGCGAGCUCCGGCUUUACCUCGAAUGUGCAUUCGCCCGGAUUGAACCCUUUUGAUUCUCCUCUCGCUACCGACCCUCCCUUGCAGUCCAAGAUUUCAUCGAAAGCAGCCAGUGUGAGCAAGAUUUCCGUCCCUUCAACGCCGGCGCUCAGAUCUCCCACUGGUCCCCCACAGCCAGCUUCUCAUUUGGCCGACCCUUCAGUCACGUCGGUCAACAUACAUGCGGUAGGAUCCACAAAUCAUUCGAGAACAGGCUCCGGUUUUGAAGUUGAUCCUCCGGCUCACGAUCGGAGUUUGGCUGCUUCUGGUGACGGUGACGGUUUGCAGAAGAUAUCGUCCAAGCCCGGCAACGAAGGCUCCACGACGGAGAGAGGAACCCGGCAUGUGACGUCUCCUCGGACCUCAGCUUCGCAAAGAUCCAGUGCUCGAGUGCUCCCGGUUUCUCACGACCGGGGCUUAUCAUCAACCUCUAUACAAAGUCAACUCAGCCAUGCGGAUAGUGUGACAAGUCCGCCGCAGCAGAUGGGGUUAUCCCAGGACGAGAGGACAGUAGCACGGGCCGUCUCGAAUAGGCAGGACCAGAAACACCAUCCAAACCCCCUGGAGCUUCUGGCAGAAAAUGCUGCCGCUUCUCAUGGGAAGGGUAGUGAAAGCGCUGCUCUCAAAUCCCCUCUCUUGACUCAGCUGGAUCAGCGAUCCACAGACAAACUUGCUCCCAAGAUAAGCCAGUCAAGGCUGCCGGGGUUUCGAGCCUCCCGCACAUCUUCAUCCGACUCCACAAUUCCCACUGGCGUGCAGCGGUCUCAUCAGGAGAAUCCUGGCGAUGGCGGUAGUGAAUAUGCACCGGGAUAUCCUCCCCAGACCAGACCGAUCAAUAAACUCCGGAGUAAGCUCUUGAGCAAGGAGUUCUGGAUGCGAGAUGAGAAUGCGAAGGACUGUUUCCACUGUGGUGAACAAUUUACGACAUUUCGCCGAAAACAUCACUGUCGCACGUGCGGUCAGAUCUUUGACAACAAAUGUACCGUGCUCACCAGUGGAAGUCAUUUUGGAUCCAAUUCUGCCGUCCGGGUCUGCAAGCCUUGUGAAUCUAUUAUCACAUCUCAUGACGAUGAUUCUUCCGAUUAUUCCAUUGACGAUCUGGCUUGGACCGAACCAGCUACACGUCCACGGACUCCGGAGCCACAGCCCCUCAAUCGUCAACUGGCUCGUUUGGACGACGACAAUGCUUCUAUCACGUCCCAAUCGCUCGAGCAGAUGGCCAAAACUCCCACAAUGAGUUUCCCUGUACGACGAGCUUUCGAAGGGGCUAAUCGAACGUCCGCUGUCCUUGAAUUUGACACGACGGACCGCCCCCUCCCUCGACCUAGUUCAUCAAGGUCAUUGAAGGCCAGCCACUCGAUCGGCCAUGGCCAUAAACGACACCACUCUCGGCAUCAGCACAUACGAAAUUACAAAGCCUAUCAUGAAGAUCGAGCACCUUUUCAGCGCCGUGCGGCCGAAGACGGCAAAUCCUCCGCUUUUCACCGCGACAGCAUUGUCGAUCCUGAUCUGGCUCAAUAUCUUUCAGAUGACCCUUCAAGCGAAGACGAGCAAUCUCUCAACGACGGUCUGGGCCCAGGGAAACUGUCUCGGAGUGGACCUGAUAGUGACAGAACCGCCAUAGGGGGACUUCUGGCCGCAGUCCGAAAAGGUCGUUCCCGAAUCGGAGAUCGUAGCAUUGCUGGAUUUCUGAGUUUAGGAAAGGACACCGACGAGGCCAGCGUCAUCAGCUCGCGCAACGUCGAUGCUCUCAGAGGCUCUCGGAAGCGAAAUUUGAGUGUGUCCAGCAGCAUUCACCAGCGGGGUACGCCAAGGACAACCAGAGAGCGGCUACAAAUAGUCAUUCCGGAUGGCCAUGAGGACGUUCCAGACAGUGCGGCGGAGACUCCGAGUAUAUGUCGAGGGGGAUCAAGGAUGAUUAGAAGUGCGUCAAUGCGCGGUGUGGCUGCACCGGCAAUGGAGCUUAAUCGAGCAAGCAUCCAACAUGUGCAUAAGCUCCUUCAGCAGCUUCUGCGAGAUGCCAACAUCCCCAAGGUUUCCAGCUGGGAGGAUGCGCUUAUUCCCAUCUUGCUCCGGGCUACUGAUGAUGUCGACCCUGACGUCCAAGGUGGCGACGAUAUUGAUAUUCGCAACUAUGUCAAAUUGAAGAAAAUUCCUGGAGGAAAACCGGGAGACACCGCGUACAUAUCGGGAUUGGUAUUCACCAAGAACGUCGCCUUGAAAAGCAUGGCUCGAUCCCACACAAAUCCCAAGAUACUGAUCAUCACAUUCGCCCUCGAAUACGCAAGACACGAGCAACAUUUCAUGAGCCUGGAUCCCGUCAUCAGGCAGGAAAGAGAGUAUCUGGCCAAUCUCGUUGGUCGUAUUGCUGCUCUGAAACCCGACGUCCUGUUGGCCCAACGAAAUAUCUCGGGUCUCGCUCUUGAGCUCCUUGAGAGGGCCAAGAUCACCACAAUCUUCAACGUGAAAUCCUCCGUUCUUGAGGCUGUUUCCCGGUGUACACAGGCUCGUGUUGCCCAUUCCAUGGACAAACUCUCGCCCGAGUCAGAUCCUCUUGGCCGAUGCGACUCCUUUGAAGUCAAGACGUACGUGGCUGAUGGACGGAAGAAGACCUAUGUCUACCUCUCCGGUUGUCCUCCACAAUUGGGCUGUACCAUUGCCCUUCGGGGUGCCGAUCGAGAGACUCUAGCAAAGAUCAAACAUGUUACCGAGUUCAUGGUAUAUGUCGUCUACAACCUGAAACUUGAAACUUGUCUAAUGAGGGACGAAUGGGCUUUGAUACCGAGUGCACCAUCGGCAAAGCCUUCGGACACCGCCACCACGCCCGCCCAACCCAUGGCGACCGGAAACGAAAGCGAGACAACUCUCAACGACACCGACGAGCAGACAGGUAAAGUCGACGGCCAAGUCAAGGUAAAUGGUGAUGUUUCGAAUCUAGAUGUCAUUUCCGCCGAAAAAGAAGCACAUCGUGUUCAGGCAGUCAGCAUGGAUGGCACGGACACGGUGCAUAUUCCGGAUGACAUUCCUGUGCCCACGUUUUAUGAAGACCUUGUGCUUAAGCACGAAACCCGGAUCCUCUCUGCAUCACCAUAUGUCAAGUUUAUGCAACCGUAUCUCUUGAUGCGCGCCCGGGAGCUUGAACGACGAGUGGCGUAUCUCAAGAGACUGCGUGACCAAGAUUUAUCUACCGAACAAGCAAUGGACGACAAGGGCAAAGCCGCCAAAUUCACCCUGAUUCAGCCGGAAAUGGUCCAUCAACCACUUGCUGGGGCGAGCAAGAAGGUUAGAGAGAUCAUUCAUGCAGUUCACGAUGCCGAAUAUGACAAGGCAGCCCAUAAUUAUGAAACCCAGAAGAAGCAAUGGGAGUCUUAUCUCUCCGGAAAUCGCAAUCUCUUUGAUCCCUUCGCUCAUCAAAAUAUCGUCGUUUUGUUCAGCCAAGUUUCAACAGAGACGUCCGUCCCCUGUUCGGGACCGGAUCUCCUGGCUUUCAGCUUCUACAAUGAACACGAAACCGAAGCCGAAUUCGAAGCAGAUUGCACGCUCGGCCAAUACGUCGAAGAUCUGUGCUAUCAAGCGAACGAAACUUGUCGGUCAGACGCCUGUGAGAAGAAAAUGCAUGAACAUCAUCGACAGUAUGUCCACGGAGAAGCACAAAUUACAGUCUUCGUUCAGCCACAUCCCGCUAAAAUGCGAGGCUUCCAGGAUGUGAUUUUGAUGUGGAGUCAAUGCAAAAUCUGUGGCGUCGAAACCACGGUCACUCCCAUGUCCACGAGUACAUGGAAGUAUUCAUUCGGCAAAUAUCUCGAGUUGUCGUUCUGGAGUGCUGACCUUCAUGCUCGAGCCGGUAUAUGUCCCCAUGACCUGCAUAGGGACCAUCUCCGCUAUUUUGGCUACAAAGAUUUUGCUCUACGGGUGCACUAUGAUACCAUUGACCUCCUUGAGAUUAUUGUUCCAAGAUUGAGGAUCACCUGGAAGGUGGAUAAUGAUUUGAAAUUCCGUAAUGAGGUCUAUACUCGUUUGGAACAUCGGAUCACUCGAUUCAUGGUUUCUGUCAAGCUUCGUCUCAAGAAUAUCAACGUCGAUGCUGCCCUCCCGGAAACUGCAGAGGCAUGUCGUGCGGAGAUUGACCGCAUGACCAAGAGAGCCACGGAAGAGCAUGCAAGUCUCAUCAAGCAACUUCAAGAGAGGUAUACGAACUCGAGAUAUUGGGAGACCAUACCUCUCAAUGGGAUUGUGCGAGCCACCCAAGAAAAAGUCUCGGAGUGGGAUACUGCCUUUGCAGAUUUCGAGAGGAAUUAUUUCCCGUCGGAAAAAGAUAUUCGAAGGCUUGCUACCCUGCAACUCAAGAAGAUCUUCCUUGACCGGGAUGUCUCGGUGACGUCUCUAACAUCGAUUGAUGAAGGUGUUACCACUCCAUCGAUUGACGAGGCAGCUGACGAGAAAGAAGAUUCACCGGAGAUUCGACAUUCAAUAUCGGAAUUCGAAAAGGGUGCCAAACUUUCCCCUGAGAAGACACAAAAUGUUCUUCAAUCUGUUCUCGAGGAGCAUUCGAGCGCUCCAGCCACCGAAGAAGACUCUACAGCACCGUCGGAAAGGAAGAGAUCUGAUGUGCAACACCUCGCUUCCGUUUUGGAGAGGCCGCGGAACGUUGAUGGUGUAAAACAUCUCGAUCUGGCGAUAGUCUCACCGAGUCAACAAGCGACUCGACCUGAGGAUGAGAUUGCGGCUCAAAGCUCUCGAAUUUUGCAUCGGAAUGAAGGCGAAGAGCGCCGCCCCAAGCAAGAUGAUACUAUCACUCCAGCAACUACCGGCAGGGAGCUCCCCGACAAAUCCGGGGACGAUGUCCCGGUUCCACGAACUCAGCCUGUUGACUUACCUCAAAUUGGAGUACAUCAUCCCCCUCACACACCCCGAACAAUGCGGCGAAGUCAAGAUGGCAAGUCGGCGUCGCCGACAUUAGCUCGCGCACAUUCUCAGCCUGUCGGCUCUGUUGCAUCACGUCCGAAUGCAAUACCAGCGAAUUCGAGCACACUGUCCGUUGUUAAUGCUCUUAAUGGGUUUGCUGGAGCUCAUUCAAAACAGAGUCCCGUGUUGUCCCCCGUGAGCGGCGAUCCCAACCUCCAGGCUCCCGAUAAGAAGCUCUCAGAGCGAUUCGGGCUCUCCCAAUUGAAGAAGAAUACGCUUGCCAAGGGCCAUUCUUUAAUACCACGAGCAAUUGCAAACCGCAAAGAAUCUCGGGUGUCCAGUCUGGCCAAACAUUUCGAGCAAUUGAGCCGGGAAUUCGAAAGGGAGCGAAUCCGGGAAAGGAAGUUACGUGCCGCUCGGAAUCGGCAAUCCCGAAUUUAUCCCCUCGCAGUCUCAAAUCCCAUUGUCGAGGUGUACCAAAAUGUCGACGAGGCUGUUGAUGAGAAGGGUGACUCCGGUGAUGUUUUCGGAGUAGACCACCUUCCUGUCGAGAAUUCUGGAAAGACAACGGAUGCUGAUGAAGCCGUGAAGAAUAUGGAUGUUUCUCAAAAUGGAGACUCUUCGCUUCGCGUCGAAGAGAGACUGGCAGAUACAACAGAAAAUGAGGCGGAUAUCCAAGUCUCCAGCCACGCGCCAUCUGAAGCCGAGGAUCGAAGUGAUGUGGAUGAUGUCUCAGAGGAGAUUCAUCUCCCAGAUUCCCCCGAAGAUUUACUGCGAUUGUCUCAGGACGACGUGGACCUCAAGGAACUUCCGAAACAUGAACGAACCUCGCUGAUGAAGAUGUUGACCAACUUUUGGGCCGAACGCUCUUCCAGUGGUUGGACACCCUUAGAAUAUCCCCUCGGCGCAUCCGAACACAUAUUCGCAGACUGCGAUAUCAUUGUCCGUGAAGAUGAACCGAGCUCCAUCAUUGCCUUUGCCUUGGAUUCCCAAGACUAUAAAACGAUGCUACAUGAUAUGCAGACACGUCCUACCGCCGACCACGUUUCGACGGGCCUUGGUGGACAUGACCACCCGGAUAGCCGACAGGCGGACGUCAUGCAUUCCCUUUUACGAAAGACUGGGACACAUCUCCGAUAUCAGUUCCAAGAAGGCCCAGCGAAAAUGUUGUGCAAAAUUUUCUUCGCCGAACAGUUCGACGCCGUACGCCGCAAAUGUGGUGUCGCCGAUAGAAUUGUGGAAUCGUUGUCGAGAUGCAUGAAAUGGGAUUCGAAGGGCGGCAAGACCAAGUCGCUCUUUUUGAAGACAUUGGACGAUCGAUUCAUUUUGAAAUCUUUGUCACCUAUCGAGACACAGUCCUUCCUCAAAUUUGCACCCAAUUACUUCCGAAUUAUGUCGGAGGCGUUCUUCCACGAGCUGCCAUCGGUCAUUGCCAAGAUGCUGGGCUUCUAUCAAAUCAUCAUCAAGAAUCCUGUGACUGGUUUGGAGUACAAUUGGUUUCUGGUGGUCAUGGAAAACCUUUUCUAUGACAGAGUCCCGACUCGAAUUUUCGACCUGAAGGGUAGUAUGCGAAACCGGAAAAUCAACGCCACUGGCGAAAAGAAUGAAGUUCUUCUUGACGAAAACAUGGUGGAAUUCAUCUACGAAUCACCUCUCUUUACUCGGGAUCACAGUAAGAAACUUCUCCGUUCGUCUGUCCACAACGAUACACUAUUCCUUGCUCGUCAAAAUGUCAUGGAUUACAGUCUCAUGGUGGCCAUUGAUGAGAAUCGUAAGGAGCUCGUGGUGGGCAUUAUCGAUUGCAUUCGCACAUAUACAUGGGAUAAGAAGUUGGAGAGUUGGAUCAAAGACCGCGGAUUCGCACGCGGCGGAAAAAAUAGACCCACAGUCACGAGUCCGAAGGAAUAUAAGAAGAGAUUCCGGGAGGCGAUGAAUCGGUAUGUUCUCGAAGCACCGAACUGCUGGCAUCAAUUCAAGCCGUUGAAGAUUGAGAAACGUAUUCUCAAGAUUGAUGGUGACAAGGAUGGCGAUAAAGGCGAGAACGAGGUUCAGAUUCUUUCUUAA